AUGCGGAUUCACCUUGUGAUAUCGCGCCAUGGCUUACCAGUCACGCGGAUUCUCUGGACGACCACGGCUUCUUCGGCAGCGGAAUACGGGAUUCGCAACGCCGCGUCAACCUCCGCCAUUGCUUCUGCGCGUACCCCGAAUAGUGCGUUUGGAAAUGGCGGGUACACUAUCGCUCAACUGUUGGAGGAUGUGAAUGAGGUCGUGCCACUCGAGACGGAACCAAGGAUCUUCGACAACGACCGGAGCGGCCAGUGGGGACUCGAGGACUAUGUGGUUGAAGUAGGGGGGAUCGGAGUGCUUGCAUUACAUGGAAGUAGACGGAAUACUUCGAGAGGGCGACGAGGUCGUCUUCCUGAACUACGCGCAAGGCGACUUUGUGGCCGGCACCAAAUCACCGCGGACGGUAAACACUUGAUUGAUGGUGUGCCAUUUGGCAAGGCGUUCUUUUCGCGAAGCGUAUCCACCCGGCCCGCCAUAACGAUUCCGCCCAGAAAGAAGCGCAGAACCGUACUGUCAGGCUGGGAUCAUGAGGCUGGCUAUGGACCAGAGCAAUCAUUGGCCGAUGAACAAGGAGAUGCAGAUUGGCAGCCUCCGAGUGAGCAUGGGUUCGGGAAGGAGCUAUCGAUUAUACCACCUGAUCAUGACAUGUCGAUGGGCACCGUGAUCAGACACCCGGUGAACUAUUCGGCCGACGAAGACAGCGAGGACGAUUCCGAUUAUGAAGAGGGAGAGCUGGAGAGUGAACUCAAGGCUCUCAAGGAAGAUUUCGAAGCCCCUCCCUCUCAUAUUAUGGAGCCACUCAACCAGAGCCAGGGUCUCGGCACAUCGCUGCAUUCGGGCUUAGGUGCGAAGCGGCCAGCUUCUUCUCUGGGACCGCGCAGGAGUUCUUUAGCCGGUGCCUCUUCGUCAAGUAAGCGUUCUCGUGGGGACGAUUCGUCACCUAGGGCCUCUAAGGCUGUGAGAUUCAACAACCACAAAAACGACAAAAUCACUACCAACCCUAACUCCAACCCCAGCACCAAUAGUCAACAACCACAACAACUUCCAAAUACAGCAGAAAAACAAAGCAUCUCCGAGUCAUCUAGUUCGAGCUCCGACUCUGAUUCAGACUCGAGCUCCGACUCCGGUUCAGAAUCCAGUUCAUCUGACGAAUCCAGUGCCGAGUCCGCUGCAGAAUCUGACGAGAUAUCAAGCACCGAUUCCAGCUCUGACGAUUCGGAAUCGACUUCAUCGUCUUCAUCGUCUGGUAGUGCCGACACUCGGCAAUCUCUCCAGAUGAACAAAGGCUCACUCACGGGCGUUGGCAACAAACCACCCGGGUCAGGCUCUAUAAGGACUCGCAAGAGUAACCAACGCGUCAAACUUCGGCGACGUCUUUCGUUGCUAAAACAACAGGGCCUGAUAGAUGAAAAUGCAGACUUUGCUGCUCUCAGGGCCUGGGAAGAAGAAAAUGGAGGUUUCCCUAUAAACAAGGCCGCAAACUUCCGGCCCACACCUCGUAUGGAUGAAAUGCGCGACCAGGAAAAGGCCGAGUUCGAGGCCAAACGAGAGAAACUUCUACGCGCCCUUGCUACCAGCGAGAUGGACAUUGAAGAGACCUCGGAAAAGGAGAAUGUACCCCCUCAACCUGUUACUACUGCAAAGGACCAAGCCGUUGUCUCAGAUCCCAGCGCCUCCGAGGUGGCUUCCGACGCCAAAGUGGAAGCCGAUAAAGCCUCCCGACGUCAGUUAGACAUAGCCAGCUCCCGACGUCUGCUCUUCGGCUCCCUUGGAGUGCGCAAUCCGAAAACCAAAGACGAGGAGGAAGCAACCCGAAAAAAGCUCACAGAAAAAGCUAGUGUUCAUUCACAGCUGAAUAAACAAGAGCGCAAUCCGGCUACCGAAGAACCCGAUCCCAGCCUCAACGAAAUCGACUGGCAGUCCAAGCUAGACAUCAGGACGACUGAGUGUGUGUUCACUGAUGUCCCUAUGACUGCUCCUCCAUUCCCUUUUGUGCAGCGAUGGGACAAAACGGCAAACGAUAUUAUCUAUGCACGCAAGGGUGGGCGUAACAAGCGGAAGCGUAAGCAGAGAAUCCAGGUCUAUGAACAGCUUGAGGACGAGCAUUAUGGUGAAUCACAGGCCGGGGCCGAACAUUUUCACCUUGACUACGAUGAAGAACCGGACUAUCAUGCCAUUGAUGGAGCUGGAGGAUCUCUCGAGGGCGCCUCGGAUGAGAACGCCUCUGAGGACGAUCUUCCCCCUCUGCCCCGAGAUCUGAUCUCGCUCGCUGAUCUAUGUGAAAGUGAGUGUAAGCCUGGGGCUAUCAUUGCUUUCAAGCAUCUCGAUGUGUCCAAAGAAACGAAAUGGGAGCCCCGCAUGUCUGAAUAUAAGGUGGCGGAAGUACUAGGAGAGGACGACGGUCGUUUGAACAUUCGGCUUGCAAUCCGCGAUCGCCGUCCCAAUACUUCUGAGGAGGAAGAAAAGCAAGGACGAAGCUACGGAGAACAUGGAGUGCCGGGACUUGAUGACGAGGAGGAUGAUGGCCACCGAGAUUUUGCUUUUGCGGAGCUUUACGAGCCGAAGCUUUUACGAGUUGCGCCCGUUAUCACCAAUGAUGCGGCCAAUGAGGCAGCUGAUGCUGAAGGUAGCAAUAUCUCCAUUGUGCAAGACUCUAUGCAAAUCCCUCCUGGGGACAUGGACCUUGACGACACUACGUUCGCUACACUGGCUACCGCUGUCAGCUAUCUCGAAGAAACCCCUCACAGCACGCAUAGCAGACAGCGAAUAAACAGGGAGGAUGAUGAGGAAAGCGACAGCCCUGCUAUCCCUUCACCAUCUUUUUCUGGUUUCCAUUCUGCACAGUCAUCUCCCGGGACAAGAAUUCGCAUUCAAGUCGAGGAUAGCAACCUUGAUGGACAUACCCUGAUUGGGGAGGCUCACUCUAGCGUGGCGGAUAACCCUCAUGACCUCUCUGCAUUAUCCUUUCUUUCUACCAGCCCAGGUCAUGAAAAUGACGGCCAAGCUGUAGAUGAGCCCCAUCUAUCUGGGAAUGUCUCCGGUGCGGCGUCUUCAAUUUCCCAGGUCUCUCGCUCACCAGUCAUCCGCCCGUCAUCUCAGGGCCAUGCUUCAGCAUCUUCAGUCCCGGCUACCGACAGUUCUAGCCGCCGCCAGUCUGCCAUCUACAAGCCAACCUCUUCCCAAAAGGGCAAGCGUAAAGCCCAUUCUGAUGGCUUGGAAGAGCCUCAACCACGAGAUUCACCCAGUGAAAUCCCAGCAGGCGAGGUGUCGACGGAUAACGCUGAUCACGAAGGCGUGAGCAACGGCCUCGAUGAUCAGGAUAGUGUCAUCCAUAGCGGACGCCAAAGUACUCAUGUCUUCUCUCCUCGUGCCUCUUCCCCUGAGGAGAACAACCUCUCGUCUUCUCACAGAUCAUCACCGCGAUCUUCGCCUCACCCUCCCACGAGCGCCCAGCAUGAACUAGUCUCACAGUCAUCAAACAUCACCGGGAUCCAGACAGAAUCCUUACCGAAUUCCAAUCCCUCGAAAGGCCCCUCUCAUAACCCGUGUCCACCGGAGGCGUCCCAGGAAUCACAGGUCAUUGACCUUACAAACAGCCCCGAUCGAGAGGCCAAAACACUCGCGAAUGAGAAGUCACAAAAUCGGGCCUCUAAAGUUCCCGGCUCGAGUGGUAAGAAGUCUACUCGUCAGUCAUCAAGCCAGCAACCUCAAACACCGUCGGGCAAAACGCAGCAUCUGGCAGAAGUCGUUGUUCAGAAUACUCCAAGCAGUAGCCAGAGGAAGAAGAGGAGACUGUCGCGGAAGUUCUAA